GCCCACUUUCCUCAGCCUGGUUCUCUCCGGUAGAUCCUGCUACUAAACCAGGAAUUACUUCGCCUUAGAACAAGAACCACUUGUAAACUGUACUAGGUGUCUUUAAAGUAUCUGAUGAUGUCUGCCAAAGCCUGUCAAGAAAACGCUGAACACUCCGGGCAGCUCAAGUUCUUCUCUGCUGUGUUUUACGCCGGCAGUUCGUUUCUUAUUACGGUGGUGAAUAAAACCGUGCUGACUAGCUUCAGGUUUCCUUCCUAUAUGUGUCUGGGAAUUGGCCAGAUGAUCACCACUCUAGUUGUACUUUCUGCUGCCAAAAUGAGCAAAACAGUCCAGUUUCAAGAUUGUGACAGAUGGAUUUUCUUUAAAAUUUUUCCUCUUCCUUUGCUGUAUGUUGGGAACCAUUUAACAGGACUGGCAAGCACGAAGAAACUCAGUUUACCCAUGUUUACAGUAUUACGGAAAUUCACCAUAUUGAUGACAAUGAUCUUGGAAAUAUAUAUACUGAGAAAAACAUUUCCUAAACACCUUGUUUACAGUGUUGUGGCCAUAGUCCUAGGUGCCAUGGUUGCUGCAAGUUCUGACCUGGCUUUCGAUGUGGAGGGCUAUACUUUCAUCCUGCUCAAUGAUGCCUUCACUGCUGCCAGCGGCGUGUACACCAAGACGAAACUUGGCACUGAGGGCCUUGGGAAGUAUGGUGUAUUAUAUUACAAUGCAUUAAUCAUUGUCAUCCCCACUCUCUUGGCAAGUGUGUUUACUGGAGAUUUACACGAGGCGGUCACAUUUGAGGACUGGGUUGAAGUCAAAUUUAUCUUUUGUUUCCUGAUGUCCUGCAUCAUGGGGUUUGUGCUGAUGUAUUCCAUAGUCCUGUGCAGCUAUUAUAACUCAGCACUUACUACUACAGUAGUGGGAGCAAUAAAGAAUGUUGCAGUAGCCUAUAUUGGGAUCUUUGUGGGCGGAGACUAUCUUUUCUCUUGGACUAACUUCUUAGGUCUCAGCAUUUGUAUGUCAGGUGGACUAGUGUACUCAUAUCUCACCUUUAACAACAAAUCGUCUGGAAGCAAUGCAGGAGCGCAAGAGCUUAAGAUUCACAUUACAGAAGAUUCAACAGGGAAGUACCCUGACAACUAAAUGCACAUUAUAACAUUCACCACUUGGUGGCAUUGUUCUACUCCAUAUUGGAGCAUAAAACUGCUUUUUUGCUUUUAUUUUUAUAUUCAAAAUAAAGUCAAUGAAUUACUGGUGCUAUCUAUUCAUCAUGACUUAAUAAAGUGACAAUAAGUGCACAGAAA